AGUGGAGCCUCCACUUCCCACGGCCAGCAGCCCUCCUCCUCUUCCUCCUCCUCCUCCUCUUCCUCCUUCACAGAGGAGGGGCCACCCUUCAGCCAACUUCAGGAGAAAAUGUCUGGAAUUCCGUUUCCGCUUUAGGGAGUGGACGGUGAUUUUUUUUUUUCACUUGACUUUCCAACCAACUUUCAUUUCCACGACCACUCGGACAGUUUAGUGUGAACUGUCCCGGAUUAAAUCACCGUCACCACCAUGGCUUCUUCGCCUCAGAAGUCCCCGUCCUCUCCGAAAUCUCCGACGCCCAAAUCUCCGUCCUCCAGAAAGAAAGAUGACUCUUUCCUGGGAAAACUUGGUGGAACUUUGGCAAGAAGGAAAAAGGCAAAAGAAGUGUCUGAGCUUCAGGAAGAGGGGAUAAACGCCAUCAACCUGCCUCUCAGCCCUUCUCACUAUGAGCUGGACCCUGAGGACACCAUGCUAGAGGAGAAUGAAGUGCGCACCAUGGUGGACCCCAACUCCAAGAAUGACCGCAAACUGCAGGAGCUCAUGAAGGUGUUGAUCGACUGGAUAAAUGACGUUCUGGUGGGGGAGAGGAUCAUUGUGAAGGAUCUGGCUGAAGAUUUGUAUGAUGGACAGGUGCUGCAGAAACUGUUUGAAAAGCUGGAGGGUGAGAAACUGAACGUGGCAGAGGUGACCCAGUCGGAGAUCGCCCAGAAACAGAAGCUGCAGACUGUUCUAGAGCGCAUCAAUGACUCGCUCAAACUCUCCACCAGGAACAUUCGCUGGAAUGUUGACUCGGUUCAUGCUAAGAGUAUAGUUGCCAUCCUGCACUUGCUGGUGGCACUGUCGCAACACUUCAGAGCACCGAUCAGAUUGCCAGACCAUGUCUCCAUUCAAGUAGUGGUUGUCCAGAAAAGAGAAGGCAUCCUCCAGUCCAGACAAGUUCAAGAGGAAAUCACUGGCAACACAGAGGCUUUCUCUGGCAGACAUGAGCGCGACGCUUUCGACACCCUGUUUGACCACGCUCCAGAUAAACUGAAUGUCGUCAAAAAGACAUUGAUCACGUUUGUGAACAAACACCUCAACAAGCUCAACCUUGAGGUGUCUGAAUUGGACACACAGUUUGCAGAUGGUGUUUAUCUGGUGUUGCUGAUGGGGCUGUUGGAGGGAUAUUUUGUGCCGCUCUACAACUUUUUCCUCACCCCAGAGAAUUUUGACCAAAAGGUCCACAAUGUGUCCUUUUCCUUUGAACUGAUGCAGGACGGAGGUCUGGAGAGACCAAAGCCCCGACCAGAGGAUAUAGUGAACUGUGACCUUAAAUCGACACUCCGCGUGCUCUACAACCUCUUCACCAGGUACAGGAAUGUAGACUGAGCACCAUGUGUGGCGGAGGAGAGAACACUUUAUACCGUGGACCACAUGUUAAAGCUUAAAAAAUAUCUUUUCCUUCUAUUGGUCUUACAAGUCUGUUUUUAUCUGCAUGCAUGCAUCACAUUUUGUCCCUGUUGGAUAAUGUACCACACACAAAUCUGUAUUAUUUUCUUUCUUUUUCUUUGACAUUCAGCUUGUGUGCCACAAAAUGUUUGACUUUUUAUGGUAAAUUGGGCAUUGCUAGACAAUACUACAGACAUGUAUAAAAACAAUAAGAUAGCCAUGAUUAAUUCUGUAAUGAUUUCCAUCACCCUGUAUUGAUAUAAAGGGAAGAUUUUAGAUGAACACAUUUAUCUUUUAAUUCAGAAAAGAAACUGUUUAACUGUAUUUAUUAUAAAUUUUGAUACACUUGUCCUUUCUCACCUUUCCAGCUUUCAUUUUCUCCUCUCUGCUCUUGUUUAUGUCAUUCAUAAGUGCCUUUAUUUAAACAUGUGAACACUGUCAGCUCCCAGUAUUUAAUAUUGGGAUGCAUGUGCUCCACAGUUAUAGUCUUAACGUCCCACAUUUCCUUUGCAUGUGUGGAGCGACAUAUGAAAUAUUUGACCAAAGCUCUGCUGCAUUCACACUGUAAAGGCUUUACUCAGCAACCACUCGCUUUCUAGUAUUUUAUUUAGGUAAAUCACCAUUAUAUAAUCACUCUGCUUUUUGUGGUUAAAUACAUCAUAUAUAUCAUAUUUUAAUACACAUUAGAUUCCUCUCCUUUCUGCAAGGCAAAUGAAAACUGACUUAAUAUAUUUUGUUGUGUUCUACUUUCAAGGCAUUUUCACUUUUUCAAACAACAAAUGCAGCAACCGUCUGUGGUUCAAGCUACCGACACAUUCUCUAUCAUGUAUGUAUGUUUUAAUGCAUUUUAUUCAAUAAAUUGUUCAGUCCCUGAA